AAAGUAUGCGAAUGCAAAGAUUGUAAUGAGUAUGCAAAGUAUGAGAAGAUUAAUUAUAAGAAUAAAGUAUCCAGUAUCAAGUAUCACCUAAUGAACCACGCUAUUACUCCGUAGUGUUUGUAGAGCGGAAUCAUUAACAAGUUGGUAAAAGUCGGGAGAUUUCGUGGGGAGAAAACGAUCGAAUCUUUUUAUAAUUUUGCACCACUUUUUUUCAAUAGCAAGGGAUUGUUUGCUUAUAUAUAUAUAUAUAUAAUCUACUUCUUAUUCGAUUCAUUCAAGUGUCGAAAGAAUCAGCUAACAUGACUGCCAAAAAUAUUUCUUUAGUGUUGAAUAAAAUUAACGAUAUUUCCUUCCAAGAUUGGGAAGUACCCCAAAUCACUGAUCCUCAUGAUGUUAUAGUUGAGGUUAAAAAAACUGGUAUUUGCGGGUCUGAUAUUCAUUAUUAUACUCAUGGUAAGAUUGGGAAUUUCGUCUUGACUAAGCCAAUGGUUUUAGGUCAUGAAUCAAGUGGUGUGGUUAGUUCAAUUGGGGAUGCAGUCACUUCUGUUAAAGUUGGCGAUCGCGUUGCUAUUGAACCUGGGGUUCCUUCCAGACUUAGUGAUGAAUACAAAGGGGGUAAAUAUAACUUAUGUCCUCAUAUGGUUUUCGCUGCCACCCCCAAUUCGGUUGAAGGUGAACCAAAUCCUCCAGGUACUUUAGGUAAGUAUUUUAAGAGUCCCGAAGAUUUCUUGGUUAAAUUACCUGAUCAUGUCUCUUUGGAAUUGGGUGCGUUGGUUGAGCCUUUAACUGUCGGGGUCCAUGCUGCUAAAUUGGCCAGUAUUCGUUUCCGUGAUAUUGUAGUUGUCUUUGGGGCUGGUCCUGUUGGUUUAUUGGCUGCAAGUGUAGCAAAACUGUUUGGUGCUUCGGAAAUUUUAAUUGUGGAUAUCGCUGAUGACAAAUUGCAAUUGGCUAAAAAAAUCGGCGUGGCCGACUUCAUCUUCAAUUCUAAAACCGGUGGUGGUGCUUCUGGUCUAAUUAAAGCUUUUGAUGGUAAAGUUCCAACUGUUGUUCUUGAAUGUACCGGUGCUCCUCCUUGUAUCAAGUUAGCAGUUGAGAUUUUGAAAGCUGGUGGUCGUAUGGUUCAAAUCGGUAACGCAGGUGGCGAUGUCCAAUUCCCAAUUACUGAAUUUGCUACUAAAGAAUUAACUUUAUUCGGUUCUUUCAGAUAUGGCUUUGAAGAUUAUAAAACUGCAGUUGCCAUCUUGGACGAAAAUUAUAAAAACGGUAAAGAGCACGCUCCAGUCGAUUACGAAUCCUUAAUCACUCACAGAUACAAGUUUAAAGAUGCUGUUGCUGCCUAUGAUUUCGUUAAAACUGGUGGUGCUGUUAAAUGUAUUAUCGACGGUCCUGAAUAGACCAAUCUCCCUGCUUAUACUCGUAUAACAUUCAAUUCUUGGUU